AUUCUAAUGCCCAUCGUGAUAGGCUGAUUGCGUUGGCAGCUGUGUCCGAGCGCCGGGCCCUGGGGUGAGCUGGGCGCCGGGGUCGCGCCUCCCGCCUUGGCUUGCUUAUGCUGCACGUCGCACGGACGAGAUAUGAUGCCGUCCCGGGGGUGUUCUGACGAUGCUGGGUUAAUCAUUGCUGGUCUCCUGGGGCAGAAAAGAAGCAGCAUUAGAACUGUAAAGGAGGAAGGAAUAUCCAGCUCUGACCAACACUUGGUGUCCAUUGCUGACCUUGAGUGAUCAUGGCUAAAUCCUUAUGGAGUAAAUUGAAGUCAUUCACCCACCAAGAUGACGGAGCCUGCACUGACUUAACAAGUGACACUGUUGCACUAGACUUUGCUGAUGAUGCAGAGGACGAUGGAGAUAUGUCGACAUUCAACAGUACCUGUACACUGCAAGUAGUCACUUUUGAUCAGACUGAGGAGAUUGCAAAUGUGCCGAUUGUGAUUUGUAAUGGGAGCACGGAAGCCAAUGGCGAGAGCACCAACACUCAUGAGGAGUUGGAGGCUUUUCAGAAACCAGGCUUGCAGGAUGAAUUUCAAGAAGCUGGGCAGUGUAAUGAGGAAUGCAAACAUUGUACAAAGAACUCAGAAUUAGUCAAGCAGAGGACAGUAAAAAGAAAAUUGUGGAUUGCUGUUAUACUCUACAGUUUGUUUACCAUUGGAGAACUUGUGGGAGGGUGGCUUUCUAACAGCCUGGCGAUCAUGACUGAUGCUGUUCACAUGCUAGCCGAUGUGCUGGGGAUUGCUGCUUCCUUGGUUGCACUAUAUCUUUCAGCAAGGCCUCCAAGUAACAGGUUCACGUUCGGCUGGCAUCGAUUCGAGGCGCUGGCGGCGGUGCUCAGUAUGUUGCUGAUCUACGCUGUAACCAUAGGGCUUGUAUAUGAGGCUGUUCAGAGGACCAUACACCAGGACUUUGAGAUCAAUGCAGACGUGAUGAUUAUCAUUGCAGCUGUUGGAGUUGCCAUUAACCUCGUGAUGGGGUUUUUGCUGAAUCAGUCUACCCAUUCCCAUUCCCACUGCCCUUCAGAAACCAGGGGAGCGCCUGGACACGCUCAUGGUUCUGGGACUCUGGCUGUGCGAGCUGCUUUCAUCCAUGCUCUGGGAGACAUGAUGCAGAGUAUUGGUGUCCUGAUGGCAGCCUAUAUCAUUCGCUUUGAACCAGCCUACAAGAUUGCUGACCCAAUUUGCACCUACAUCUUCUCCAUUCUCGUUUUGUGCACGACAUUCCGAAUAAUGCGAGACACCGUUCUGAUCUUUCUGGAAGGCACACCAAGACAUCUUGAUGUACAUCACAUGCGGGACUCUCUGCUGAAGAUCGAUGAUGUGCAUUCUGUUCAGGAUCUGAAUGUAUGGUCACUAACAGUGGGGAAAACAGCAGCCAUUGUGCAUUUAAAGCUGAUUCCAGAGAGUACCUCCAGAUGGGAAGGUGUUCAGGCCAAGGCUCGGCACGUCUUGCUUCAUUCCUACGGCAUGCACCAGUGCACAGUGCAGCUCCAGGUCUACAAGGAAUCAUCGGGCAGUGCUUGCACCAAGUGUGGGUCCUUGGAUGGUUAGGGGCCUGAUCCUUAAAUUUUGUGCCUUUCAUUCAGAUGAAAAACACUAAAAAUCAGUAUUUGAAACUGUCAUCACAAACAAAUUCUACUUGUGGAACGCCAGCUGUAGAAUUGAACCUCUCAACACAUCGCCUCGCUCUGUUGCUGCAGAGACCCUCUGCUCAGCAGCUGACUUGAAGACCCUUUUGCCCUUCGGGCAGCUUCUGAUCACGUGUCCCCCUUGAUUCCCAGGUACCCAAUAUGUUUAUAUACCUUUUCUUCAGUUCGUAUUUACUCCGUCUGGGUGAGAACUCUGGGUGUUCACUAGUGGCCUGGGACUGAGCAGCGCUGUUUAUCUAGAGAGCCAAGAGUGAUGCAGGGAGUUGUUGAUUAAAGCAGCUGUCGAGGACAUUCUGGGCAGAAUGGCCUCUGUGCUGGACCAAUCUCUCAGUCCACACGGAGCUGCUUGAAGGCACUCUUCUAACUUGCUGAGAAUUUGAUUCACUGAAACAAUGUGUUUCAGCUAAUAAUCAUGAAUAGUAAUUAGUUUUAUCCCUCUCCCCAUUUCCUUCCUGGGGAGCAGAUAAGGAAAAUGAGGCUCCAGCUGCCGGUGGCCAUGUUGCAGCCUGGUCUGGGCAUUGAUUUACUUUGAGACUCUGUUCAUUUUACAGCUCCCCAGUUCCAUUCUGUGACCCAGAGCCAGUUUAUUGAUGGUGCAAGUGUGUGCCAUUUGUAAUCGCAAGUUGAGCAUUAACAAUUACUCGACAUUAUGUGCGAUAGUGCAGUUUGCUGGGAUUUGGAUUGGGAAGACGAGUUGUCCCAAGUGCAGUAAACAGUUAAACAGUAUUUGCAGAUCAACACUUUGAACAAGUCUUUCUGAAAGAAAUUUCCUCCUAACCUUUUGUGAGCUCGGCCUCUCUUAAUUGUUACUGGAAAGAAUUGUUUAGCCUUCAAUCUCCUGGAAGAAAUCAGACAAUUUAAACAUGUUUAUAAUGAGGAAUAACUAAGAAACAAGUUAAUAAUGUGCAUAAUCUGGUGAGAUUUAAAAACAAAAAUAGAAGCUAUAGUAAUUGCAGGACUUCUGAUCGUGUUCAUCACAAUUCACUCCAGUUUAGUACAGGAUAUGCUGCUGUCCUGUUGAUGGGAUAUGAACUAAUCUAUCAAAAUAGUUAUUUCUGGUUUGUCUGCAAUGUCCUUUUUAAAGUGCCAUAUACAAUUCUACAGGCAAGGGAUUCUUGACACUGUUAAGAGUCAGCCUUUGCCAAGUGCCACCAACUAUAGCAAGCAGCUGAUGUCUUUAAGCAGAUGUGCUUCUGUGCACUGUGGUGGCACCUUCCUGCUGCUCUGUUACAAGACCUGGAAUUAACCUGCAAAUGGUCUUGAAUUUUCCCCAUCAGCCCUUUGAUGUUCGCUUUGUUUAGCAGUGCAGGUAGUCUCUGUGGUAGGGCAGUGCUACCUGAUGUUUGUGUUACAUGUGACCCCCAAGGUCAUGAGGAAAGAAGGAAGCACCAGCAUUGAGUGCCAUAUUGCGUUGCAUGGCUAUUGAUUUCCCUAUUUCAUUAUUUACAAGUAAUAUGCUGUCUUAUUUUUUAUUCCUAUUUGAAUUUGCCUCGCAUUUGAAUUUUGGUGCCAAAUGUUAUGCUUAUUUUGCUUGAAUAUUAAUGUUGUAACUAACAUCCACUGCACCGAUUUACAGUGGUAAAUUAUGUUUCACCUCCAAUUGUGUAUCAACUCCAAAUUAAAGAAAACUUGUCCUUUUGUCUCUGUUUUUCCACAUACCAGUUACCAGUUUUUAUUUUGCUCAUUAUACCCGUUAUAUUUUCCUUGGGUUUUGAAUUCUCUUAAAUCUUUUCCAUUGCUGUUCAGUUUCAUUGUUUUGCAAUAUUGUAAAUCAUUAUACUUUGCAAGGUUGAAUUCUCAGCCCCUCAAAAUGGCAUUUUCUUAAGUCUUUUGCCUCGGUAUUCAUUUUGUGUCCUUUAAGAUAAUAAACUGGAGUACAGUC